AGAUUCGCUUCGGCGAGUGGGAGGAGAGAGCGACUCAUCUCCGUCGACAUCCGCGACGCGGAGAAUCGGCGGGGUUUGCGUUCGCGUAAUUUCCGCGUGUCACGUGUCGUCGAACGCCACGUGUUAUAAGCACGACAAAUAAACCGUCGGUUGGGCGGAUCGCCAGGAUUGUUGUUAAUUUUGAGAAUGUGCACACGUGUACAGUACAUGUUUACACGCCGUACGCAACAUCGCGUGAAUCUUGAAUUAAAAAUUAGAGUGUAAAAUGACAACCUGCCACAGAGAAAGUCGCGGAACUCGCGACGCGGUUGAUUGUGCAAUUUUAGUGAUCACUGUGACGACAUAGUAUCCAAUAUUUUCGCCGGCCUCUUUUUAGAGGACGCCUAUUUUAGAGAAAAAUCUUUUGAUCCGUCUCAUUCGCACGGAGUAGUUGGAAAAUCGUUGAAUUUAUCGAAGAGUGAGUCAAGCCAGUUGUUUAAUCGCCUAGGUCGAUGACCUCGAUCAUUUCUGUCAGGCUCGAGUCUUGGAGCAUAACUUUUUCCGCGCAGUUGCGAACUUUUUAACCGUUUAAAAGCUCAGAUAAUUAAAACGGCACUCUACGUUUGAUUUUGAGCGAUGUGACGUAAGGUUCUUUUAUAAUGAACAAUGAAUUGAUUCGCUAUUACGAGAUAUAGAAGCGCGUGUCGAAUCACGCAGUGUGCGAUAUGUGGGCGCCGGUGAUAUCCGUCGUGUGGGCCAUCAUGUAUAUGAUGCAGCGAAAAAUAAUGCCGGGAAAUCCAGGCCAGGGCACACCGAGGAAUUUGAAGGGUGAGUCUAAUCACUUUAUCGAGAGUGAAGAAGUUCCUGCAACUAUGGGCUUCACGCAUCGUCCAGCCCGAAAGAACGCAGAAGCUCAUCGAGCUCUGGAGCUCCUGGAGGAUUACCAUGCCAAGCUGACGAGACCACAAGACAAGCAGCUGCGAUUAGCUAUCGAGCGCGUCAUACGCAUCUUCAAGAGCAGACUCUUCCAGGCGCUGCUGGAUGAUUUGCAUACUGAUGUGGAGGCCAAUGAAACGAAUUACUUUGGAGAAAAGACAUUUUGAAAAUCAUUGUGCAUUGAGAAAUAAGAAAUAUAUCCGGCGAUUCCUCUUUCGACCGCAUAAUUCCAUGUGUGAACAUCUAAAAUGGAAAAAUGAAAAAAAGUAUGGCUGAAGGCGAUAGAUACAAUCCGGUGGAAAUCGAGCCGCGGAAAUGCCGCAGAGAAUUUUGUACUUUUUAAGCGUCAGCAUGAUUCAUAUAAUAUUUGAACGAGCAACUCGAAGCUGCGAUCAUUUUAGCCCCUCUGGAAAUUUGCAUGAAAGCAUAUUGAAUCCCACUCAUUAUCCACGAUGUCCGUCCGAAACGAGACUUGAACGAAAAUGAACUGGAUGCGCUGCGUCUCUAUAAUUGGCCAGGCUGUUAUCAACGUGGGUAUACCAUUUAUUUUAAUAGAACUCGACUAUUCGACUUAACGGCCGAAACUUGAAUCCUCCCUCUCGCAAUCGGUUCUCUUUCGCUAAUACGUAUAUCUUUCCGGAUUUGCAUCCGAAAGAGAGCAUACUACAAGGUAUAAUUAACGUGCGCGGUUUACUGAAGAAUCACAGAAUCAACGGUGCAGAAAAUUAGCGCUGAAAACUUGCGUGUUUCUUGCUUUGUCAGUGCGGUACCUGCCAGUGAAGUGAAAAAUUCUUACUGCGUCCACUGCCGUACCUUAUCGUCGCUUCAAUAUUUUACAUUUGCGUUUUACAUUUCGUUAGAAAGCCUCGCUCUAAAGUUUCAUUCUAUUUAGAGCACUAAAUGCGGAACUUGCUUCGAUCUUACUGAAAUUUUCCAUCUCUCCGCGUAUUAUGUAUGCUACACAACUUUCCUAUAUGUUACAAUUCAAUACGUUAAAAACCGCAAAAGUACGUUGGGUCAUUAUUUUCGUUUUUCAAAAUUCCUAUUGCCCCGCGUAAAUUUCGUCGUUGUGCCGUACGAUGGAAAUGCGGUCGCGCAACCAUGGGUGAGAAACUAUGCCGUUGUGACGACCAGCUCGCGACGCAAGUGACCGAGCGGGAGGGCCACUGCAAGAUAUUUAAUUGAUUUAGGUGCUGAGAGCCAGCCGCGGCCUUUCCCAUCGACCGUCGAGAAUGCGACCGCCGGAUGGAAUUCCCGGGACACCCGGUGGGAUCGCUUGCGGUCAGUAGGAGACGCUCCAAGGGGAAUCGGCAUGCGGUCAUCGGAGGAUCACGAUCCUUCCGUGUACCGGGUUUGUCUUGAAGCGCGGAUGCGUCGCUAUUUGCCCGACGUUACAGCUCGAACAUCGAUCGUGCGGACAACUCGAGCAGCCCUUUCAAAGGGGGACCCGUCGAAAAUAUCAUUCUCUCAUGCUAGAUGCUUAUCUCACGUUGCGAAGAAAAGUUCACUGGCGAAUAGUUUUUCCAUAUAUGAGUCUUGAAGAUAAAAAAAAUAUAUAUUUCUGAAAUUAUAUCGGCCUUCGCGCCGCGCGACUGAUUUUGUGAGUGUUUCAGUAAUGAAUUGAUUAACGAGUUUCUUCACGCUUAGAUUUGUAUAUCAAUUAGAAUCACAAUUCCGAAAUUAUUCAAAUCCAAAUCCGUCGAUCAAAGCUCGCCAUAUCAAUUACUCUGUAGUGAGCGACGAUUAACAUUAAUAUUGCUUUAUUGUGUACAUUUGAUUUUUUUUCUGUAUAUACAUAAAUAUUUUCAACGUUUAUUAUUUUGUGAAUAAAAAAUAAGAAGAAGCGACUAUAACAGAUGCGUACGCGUUAUAGCUGAAUGAUUUUUACCAGUUAUGAUGACCUGCUAGAAACUAUUAGAAACUAUUAGAAAAGCGAUUUUACGGAAGUGACUUGAUUAAAAUUUUAAUUAACUGUUGGACAAUUUUAUUAUUGUAUACUAACUAGGCAUGUUAUCAUUCGUCCACGACAUCUUCAGGUAUAAACAUUUCCGGUCGCCGCUCCCGCCCGUGAGUUUUUUCUUGAUACCGCCGUUUUUAAGCUCACCGUAAUCUAUCUUUUUUUUUCUCUGACUGUAUCAUUCGACUUUCGCGUUGGUUCGCUCAGACCGUUCCUCUGACGUGCUAGGAGUUUUGACUAUUAUUAUAUAUUUGACAGGGAUAUUAAUGCAAAUUAUAUAAAGUGGUUACUUGAUGAAAAAAGUUAUUUCACGAUUGCUGAUGGUUAAAUAGUGCUGCGAGCGCGAAUAAUUUCUAUUAAAGUGUGCACGAGUGGCAAAAUAAUACUUGCUUGCAUGCAAGCGGACGCCACAUAUGAUAAAUUACAUAUGAUAAUACAAGGUUUGAUAACCGCGUAUAUAAUGCACCGCUCUGCAAAUCCACUACGAACGACAUUAACUACCGACUAACUUUGUGUCAAUAAUGCAGUAUAUGUCGUUACUAUGGCUGCGUACGAUAGCACGCACAUGACAAACGAUUCUUGUUUGCGAUUCUAUGGAUGCGACGUACGAUAGAUUGGCCGUACGUUGUUAUGGUCGCAUUUUUUACGCGAAACUGUAUCAUUUUAUCAUAACGAAAUUGAUAAAUUUCUGGCAGAAGUUUGUCGAAAGCGAGGGGGAGAUUUGAUUAAUUGUUUGCUGUUUCUAGUUGACAAGCUUCACUUUUACUCAUUUAAAAAGCGUUGGAAACUUAUGUGCACACACCUAAUAAUAUUCUUUACAUCUUUAAUGUUCUUUCCCGUUAAAUGUACUACUACGUUACGUGUUAAUUUAUUAAAAUGCGUUAGAUUAAAACAGAAAUAAGAAAUUUAUUUCAAAUAUUCAUUAUUUCCUCGUGAUUGUAAAAUAUUCAACUCUUGUAGUUGAAAGUAUUCAAUUCUUGCAUCAAUGUUUUAUGUUCUAUCGUAAGAAGUCAUUUAUAAAAUUUGUCUCAAGGAUUUCAACAACCUAGGUGAAGUGAACAUGCGAGUAUGAACAUUGCUAUGUUAUUUAACUUAAUGUCUCUCAGUAGUUUCUCAGUAAUCUCUCGCGGUAAAAUUGAUAAUACGGAAAUAGCAGAUUUGGAUGUCAAGGUAUUAUAUCUUGAAAUGAAUGUCUCCUUUGGUAAGAGAUGGGACAACGGUAUCCCAUCGGGAAGACUUCACAGAGCGUAGUCGACUGCCCUCAAGCACAGCAAAAGCCUCAUUACUUUCGUGAUUCAGAAACAAGUAAAUUUCACCCUUGACGGAAAGCUCGUCACGAGAUACGGUCUGUGGCUCAUUCCGCCACGGGAUAUGCUGCGAUCCGAGGUGGAUUUCGCAUCCGAGUAAGGUCAUCGCUUUGAGGAGAUGAUGAAGCGCGUUCCGACGGACGUGAUCGUCCGACUGGUCGAGGGGAAAAUGAUGACGCGGCCAAAUGCCGUUGGUUACCUUAGUCAUUGACUUCCCUCGGAACAGGAGACAGGUGAUCUUGUAGUUGCUUCAUGCUGCUUCCGGCUCGUACGUGUAUGCAAUUUCUUGAAAGUACAGCUGUACACCUUUCGUUUGGACACGUCGAAGAGAAAAACUAUAU